AUGGUGUCUGUAGCGACCGUUCAAGCCGAAAUUAAUAUCGACCAAGUGAAGACAAGAACAAUUGAGGAGCUUAUUAUGCCACUAAUACAACAGGUCACUUCGUUUACCGAUCCAGAAUAUUUUCAUUCAAUGAAACGUAGCGGCAAAAGUGGACAGGUUCUGGUAGCUACUGUUGAAGAAACGAUCAAAAAUUUUUUGGCUAUAGGUCGUAAAGCUGUGCGCGAUUGUCCUUUGGUUUCCGUGAGCGCGAUUGAUGAGAUUAAUAUGGCUCUACAAAAUAUUGAAGAUACUGGCAGCGAAUUUGUUCGAGAGACAAGUAGUGUGCAACGUCGUGCACGAGUUAUUCGUGCUUCGCGCAUAUUGCUAUCAGCUGUAGCCCGUAUGCUUAUAAUGGCUGAUAUGAUUGAUGUUCAAUUAAUGUUGAAAAAAAUAGAGCAGAUCAAAGCUAAUUUAAGCAAAAUAGUCAGUGCUGAGUCGAAACAGGAACUCAGUGAAUUGUAUGGAUUAUUGCAACCGAACCUGAAGGAAUUAGAUGAGCUAACGCGUCGCAGAAUGAUUGAUUUACGUGAUCCAUCAGAGCAGGAUGAUUUACAAGCUGCCAGAGCUUGGCUUAAGAUCAGCACAAAUAUUAUGUGUUCUGCAUCCACGGUUAGUACGGCUUAUGUUCGGCAUCCUGAAGUCGAUCAGAUUAGGAUGACUCGUGAUUUUGCUCAUAUGGAAAUGUUAGGUGCUUUGGAAGUUAUUUCUAGUAUCUUAGAAGGGCGCCCUUUGUCAAACGAUAUAAGCUUCUCACACUGUGGUAGAAUUGGUGAUCUUAUCCGUGAAUUGGAUCGCUUUCAGAAUCGCGUUUACAUGGAACCAAGUGCAUAUAAAGGUGGCGUUCAUCGUUCGGAACUUGAAAAUCAACUUGAGCGAAUUAUAACAGGUGCUGCUGCUAUUGCUGACUCAGAAAAUACUCGGGAUGAUCGUAAAAAGAGAAUAGUUGAUGAAUGUAAUAAUCUUCGUCAAGCACUACAAGAAUUAUUGGAUGAGUAUGAAAAGAAUUGUGGUCGAGCGGAACCUUCAGAAGAUCUCGACCUUGCAAUGGUGCAUCUCGGACAUAAAACAAAAGAUCUUCGGCGUCAUUUACGUCGUGCUAUUGUCGAUCAUGUAAGCGACGCUUAUCUCGACACAAAUACACCUUUAAUGAUGCUUAUUGAAAGUGCUAAACGACACGAUGAAUUGGCUACCACUGAAAAUGGCCGUAUGUUCCAAGAUCACGCUAAUAAAUUAGUUGAGGUUGCACAUCUUGUUUGUCAAAUGUCUAAUAAUGAAGAUGGUGUUAGAGCUGUUCGAUAUGCUGCUAUACUCGUUGAAAAACUUGCACCACAAGUUGUGAAUGCAGCUCAUUUGUUGUGUGCUCGUGAUAGUCAGGUUGCUAGAGAUAAUAUGGAUGUACUUAAAUCUGCAUGGCUUGCUAAGGUUCAUUUAUUAACUAUAGCAGUUGAUUCGAUUAUCACCGUUGAUGAUUUUCUUGCUGUUAGUGAAGCUCAUAUUAUAGAAGAUGUCAAGAUUGGUAUACAGGCAGUAUUAGAUGGUGAUGGAUAUUUACUUGAUAGAUCAGCAGGCGGUAUUAGAGGCCGCUCGUUGCGGGUUUGUAGUGUUGUAGAAGCCGAAAUGGACCUCGCAUCUGCUAACCCUUAUACAGAUCGUGUUCGUUUCGCAACCAAGCUGCUUCGAGAAGAUAUCAUAAAUCAAUUUGCCGAACGGGCAGAACGUAUCGUAAACAAAUUAGAACGAACAGAUGAAGACGAGGAAGGAGAUAGGGAUAUCGAUGCUGAUGUUGAUGAAAUAAUUGAAGCUAGCGAACUUGUUCAUAAUGCAGUAAAAGAAAUUCGAAACGCUUUGCUCAUGAAUCGAAAUCCUGAGGAUGUUGAUUCAGAUAAUGAAUAUGAAGAUGGUUCGUUUACUCACAGAAUGUUUUUCGAAAAUAAAAGUGGAUCGGAUACGGAGAAUCAGCAGAAAGUAAUGCUUAGAUUGCCUGAGGAAGAAAAGCGAAAAAUUCAGGAACAAAUCGACGUUUUUAAAAUAACGCAAAGUAAAUUCGAACGCGAAGUGGCUAAAUGGGAUGAAACUGGUAACGAUAUAAUUGUUCUAGCCAAGCAUAUGUGUAUGAUUAUGAUGAAUAUGACUGAUUUUACAAGAGGCCGUGGUCCACUACGUACAACAAUGGAUGUUAUAAAAGCAGCUCAAGAAAUCUCAGAUGCUGGUGCUAAAUUGAAUUCUCUCGCAAAGCAAAUUGGUGAUGAAAGUGUUGAAAGUGAAACAAAGAAAGAUUUAUUUGCUUAUUUACAACGAAUUACCUUGUACUGUCAGCAGCUCAAUAUUACAAGCAGAGUUAAAGCGGACGUACAGCAAGUCGGUAAUGAACUUGUCGUGAGUUGUUUGGAAUCAGCUAUGUCUUUGAUUCAAACUGCUAGAAACCUUUUAAAUGCUGUUGUGUUAACAGUGAAAGCUGCUUACAUUGCCAGUACAAAGUAUCGAAGAAAGAAUACUCUUUCACCAUCAUUAGUGGAAUGGAAGAUGGCUCCUCCCCAGAAACAACCACUUGUUAGACCUCAGGUGAAGGCUCAAGGAAUUGUUCGACGCGCUUCUGAUAAACGACCAUUACCUCCAAUGAAAGCCUUGGCCGAAUUUCAUGUUGCAAAAUAG